AAGCAAGGCCACUCAGUCUCUCCUUGUCUGUCUUCUGAGUCCUGCUCGUAGCCAUUGAGAACACUAGUCUGAUCAACAGUAAGACUUCAGAAAACAUCGAAAAUAUUCUGAAUAACGAUGGUGAUCUACACAGUGACGGUAUACACAGGGAAGAGAGCCUUGGCUGGCACAACAAGCUCCAUCUCCAUCAAAUUACACGGUCCCCAGAAGGAGAGUGAUGAAACGGAUUUGGAUACAGGACUCUUCUCUGGCUUUUCGCAAGGAUCAGAACGGAUAAUGAAGAUAAAGUGUGAAGCAUCUCUGGGGGAGCUCAUACUUGUGAAACUCUACUCCAAGCCAUUUUUGGGUGUUGAGAACGAGUGGUUUUGUGAUAAGAUCUUGAUUACAACGCCUGAAGGGGAUGAGAUUUUGUUUCCAUGUUACCGUUGGUUGGGCUGUAACGAGAAGCUCGUUUUAAGACCAGCUAAAGCUUUGCUCAAGUUCCAGGAUAGCAACCCAGCAACCCAUCAAGAAAGAAGGAGACAGCUAGAAAAUCGACAGGAGAUAUUUAGAUGGCAUGUGUACGCACAGGGCAUCCCCCGCAUUAUCAGUUUUGACUCUGCCCGUGCUCUGCCAGCUGAACUUCGGUUCUCUUACACGAAGGAGACAGAAUUUGGCUUAACGGCUGGAAAGCAGUUACUUAAACUUAAGAUAACAGGAUUAGCUGACUGUAGAAAAUCAUGGGAAAGCAUCAGCCAACUGGAGCCAAUCAUUUGUGGAUUCAGAAGCGAAACCUUGAAAUAUGUUAAAGAUCACUGGGACGAGGAUGAGUUCUUUGCCUACCAGUUCCUGAAUGGCCUCAACCCCAUGGUGAUCCAGCAAUGCUCAAAGCUGCCAGACAACUUCCCUGUUACUAAGGAGAUGGUCAAAGACUCCUUGUAUGGAAACACCUUGGAGCACGAAAUGAAGAAAGGGAACAUCUUCCUGUGCGACUACAAGAUGCUGGACAAACUAAUAGGAAACGUGGUGGACAAUGAACAGCAGUACCUCACAGCUCCACUGGUGCUGCUGCACUGCAAUCAUCAUGGAAAGAUGCUGCCCAUCGCCAUUCAGUUAAUGCAGACCCCUGGACCGGACAACCCCAUCUUCCUGCCCACCGACUCCAAGCAUGACUGGCUGCUGGCUAAGAUCUUUGUGCGGGCCGCAGACUUUAGCGUGCACGAGGUGGACUUCCACCUGCUCAGAACUCACCUGCUGGCCGAGGUGUUCACCGUGGCAACCCUGCGACACCUCCCAUCUGUACACCCACUCUUCAAGCUCCUCAUUCCCCACACUCGCUACACACUCCAGAUCAACAUCUUGGCACGAGACCGGCUGAUUUCCGACGAUGGAGUCAUUACAGUGUAUUCAGGCAUUGGUGGUGAUGCCUUGGUUAGUUUACUGAAGCGGGCAACAAAAGCCCUGACCUACAGCUCCCUGUGUCUGCCUGAGAACAUCUCUGAGAGAGGCCUGAAGAACGUCCCCAACUACCACUACAGAGACGAUGGGAUGCAACUGUGGAACAUCAUCAACAAGUAUGUUGCAGGAGUCUUGCAACAUUACUACAAAUCUGAUGAGGACGUGAAGAAGGACACAGAACUGCAGAACUGGAUCAGUGAGAUUUUCACCAAGGGUUUCCUGGAAAGAAGCAACACAGGAAUGCCUAAGUCUUUUCAGACAGUGCGUGCCCUCAUCAAGUUCAUUACCAUGGUGAUCUUCACGGUAUCUGCCCAACAUGCUGCUGUCAACAAUGGACAGUUUGACUACGGUGGCUGGAUGCCCAACUUUCCCACUGCACUCCGAAAGCCCCCACCCAAAGAGAAAGGCCAGACCACUAAGGAAACCAUCAUGGAGACACUGCCCAAUGUCAGCACAACGGUCAAUGGAAUGGCUGUUCUGAAAUUGCUAAGCACAAAGUCAACAGAUAACUAUCCUCUUGGAAAUUUCCCAGAAGAUCUGUUUGAUGAAGAGGUUCCAUGCAAGCAUAUUAAAGAAUUUAAGGAGGCCCUGGAGAAGUUGUCAAGUCGCAUCAAGGAGCGCAACAAGAGCCUGAAACUCCCCUACACCUUUCUAAGCCCUGAGAAUGUAGACAGCAGUGUAGCUCUUUAAAAGAAUAUGCUGUAUUUUUGAAAGAGCUUUCUUUAUAUGAAUAAAAAUAUGUCAACAAAAAUAAAAUAUAACCAACCAACCUGAAAAACAAAUCAAAAAUACAUUGGAUAUACAUGUGUAGAUGGCUGAUGACUGAGAUAAGAUCUUAAAAAGUACCGGUAGUGCACCUCCAUGCCUCGCUAUGCUGCAUACCUCCUUUUUGCUCCACUGCCCCUGCACACCACACAGUCCUAUUCCCACACAUCCUUUUCAUUCUUGACGUUUUCCAAUGUGGGCUAGGCUAUAAAAAAAAUCUAAACAAUCUAUAUAAUCUUUAUCAUCACAGCAUACUCCCGCAUACGUCCGGAAAAACCCUUUUUCAUGAAAUGCCACAAGUCUUCCAAGGAAAAUCAAUUUCCUUAUUGGCAAUGUUCCCAUGUUUUCAUAUGUUCACACCAGACAUUCUUAUUCUCAGGCAACCUUUUCAUAUUGACGUUCUCCGAUAUGGGCUAUGAUGCAAGCCCCAAAUUCUUUGCAAUUUUACAUUGAGGAACGUUAUUCUUAAAUUGUUGCACUGUUUGCCCACGCAGUCUUUCACAGAGCGGUGAACCCCUCGCCAUCUUUACUUCUGAGAGACUCCGCCUCUCUGGGAUGCUCUUUUUAUACCUAAUCAUGUUACUGAGCUGUUGCCAAGUAACCAAAUUAGUUUGGAGGGUUUUUUUUUUUUUUUGCAUUAUACAACUUUUUCAGUCUUUUGUUGCCUCUGUCCAACUUUUCUGAAACGUGUUGCUGACAUCAAAUUCAAAAUGAGCACAUAUUUUUCAGCAAACAAUAAAAUUUCUCAGUUUCAACAUUUGA